UGUCAAGGUGAAAUCUUGGUUGUUUAGUUCGAAAUUGUUAAAUUUCUGUUAUCGAAAUGGUGGAACAACAGAAAAAACGCCUCGAGAAUGCUAUUAGCGACAUGAUCGAGGACAUGUACCGCAGUCACUUGCGCCGAAUGCAGUCAAGAAUGCAUGUUUGCGCCGCCCGCUGCUGCGACGACGAGCGAGGGACACUGGAGAGCGUUCAAAACUGCAUCGAGAAGUGUGCUGCCCCAUUGAUGGAUGCCCAGGACUAUCUGCAGCACGAGCUGGGACAGUUUCAAAAUCGUCUCCAGAACUGCGUCAGGGAUUGCAAUUCCGACGCCAGGUCCAGCUUGCCCAAUAAUCCCAAUGACCGAGACAUGUCCCGGUCCCAGCACUUGUUUGAGAACUGCACGGGCAACUGCGUGGAUAAGUACAUCAAUCUGAUUCCCGGUUUGCUCAAGUCGAUCAAGCAGACCUUGGAUCGAGGUGCUCCCAGGCGAUCUCGCAGCAUGGGAAUGGACGUGGAAUCAUAGCCGGUACUAUUUGGAAUCCUGAGAACAAACACUUCCCCACUUUCCCACACCCGGAUGCAAUGAAUACGCCACUCGAGGAGUUGUCAAUGAUAAACUUAUGUAUUUAAUAUUUUUGGUACACAACUACAACUAAAGAUACAGCAAAAGGAAGCUGGGACUGCUUAUCGAAGGGGCUUAUCAACGCAACCUUUAGUGGUUACGUGGCGCUCCUAUCGAUCGCCGUGUUCCGAUUUUCCAUCUCCCGGUACCGCUUAGGCCCUAGCACUUUAAAUAUCUAAUAAUAAAGAUUCUUAGCAAUAUGCAA